UUUCUCUCUGAUUUUCUCUCACUCUCCCACUGUUUCUUCUUUUGCAGAAAGUCUCCUCCCACUUGUCCUUUUUGAGUCAUACAAAGAAACCCACUAGAAGGGCAUUCUCUCUCUGUCUCUCUCAAUCCUACUUCCUUCCUCAACGCCCAAACACUUCUCUCCACUCACCUGCUGAAACAGUGAUUGCUCUCUCUCUUUCAAGCAAGAAAGACACACACACACACACACACUCAUCUGAGAUCCCUGGUGGUUCUCAUUUUCCCUCUCAUCUUCGUGAGCACCUGACGUUGAGGGAGUUUGUUCCCUCUCACUUCCAGAGGUCAAUAUUCCGGCUUACAGCGAGAGCUCCGUGCUGGCGGCCCAGCCGCUUUCCCGCUUUAGCCUGGGACGGAAGACCCUGCUGGGGGCCGGUACGGCCGUCAUGCUGCUCUUGGUGCUGGUGGUCCUCAUUCCUGUUCUGGUUCAUUUGGCGGGCAGCACCGAAAACGGAGGUCAGUACGAGAUGCUGGGCACUUGCCGAAUGGUCUGCGAUCCAUUCUUGGAAAAAACUGGCACUACCGAUGGUAUCGGUACGGGCACGGCUACCACUAAUACACAGUUGGAAGCUGAGGCGCUGACUGAUCAUAGCAUGGGACCCCCAUUGCCCACCUACGCCCACGGACCACAGGGCAAACCAGGCCGCCAAGGAAAACCAGGGCUUCCAGGUCCUCCAGGACCCCCGGGACCACCUGGAGAGCCAGGUCCUCCAGGACCAAUGGGGCCACCGGGAAAUAAAAACCACACAGAGCGGCCGGACAUCUUUGCUCUGGGUGGAAGAACAGCUACCGGAAUGGGGACAGCCAUCUAUACCAUGGGACCCCGUGUGGCCUUUUACGCAGGUCUGCGAAACCCACAGGAGGGCUACGAGGUUCUGAGGUUUGAUGACAUAGUUACAAACAUUGGGAAUAACUAUGAUGGAUCGACUGGGAAAUUUGUGUGCAAGGUUCCAGGGACGUACUUCUUCACGUAUAACGUCCUCAUGAGAGGAGGAGAUGGAACGAGUAUGUGGGCAGAUCUCCUGAAAAACGGACAGGUGAGAGCCAGUGCCAUCGCUCAGGAUCAGGAUCAGAGUUAUGACUACGCCUCAAACACCGUCAUCCUGCACCUCGACCCCGGGGACGAGAUCUUCAUCAAGCUGGACGGUGGGAAAGCGCACGGCGGGAACAGCAACAAGUACAGCACUUUCGCUGGCUUCAUUCUGUACAGUGACUAGAGGUCAAAAGGUCAUUGAAUUCAGUCUCGGUCUGUAGGCUAUGUUCACCUGAAAAUCAACAGCUAUACACUCAUAACUGAGUCAUAA